UCGGGUCACGUGACGCAGUGGCUCUCAUAGUUCGUCCGUUCACUGUCGUCGGCGCUUUAUCUCAUCUCACCGAUCAACCGGCGAACAGCGGGAAUUAAACAUGUCCAUCAGCGAGGAUAAGAUUAAAAACAAACUUCAGUCUCCAGGGGAUGACCUUGUCUUCUUCGUUAAUGGAAAAAAGAUCACUGAGAAGAAUGCAGACCCUGAAAUAACACUCUUGACUUAUCUUAGAAGAAGCUUGGGUCUGACAGGAACCAAACUGGGAUGUGCUGAAGGAGGUUGUGGAGCCUGCACUGUAAUGGUCUCCAAAUAUCAUCCAAAUCAAAACCGGAUUAUUCACUAUGCCAUUAAUGCCUGUCUGGCUCCUCUGUGCUCUUUGCAUCACUGUGCGGUAACAACCGUGGAGGGCAUCGGCAGCGUGGCAAGCAAACUCCAUCCCGUACAGGAGCGAAUUGCAAAGGCUCACGGCUCACAGUGUGGGUUCUGUACUCCAGGAAUUGUGAUGUCUAUGUACGCUCUUUUAAGAAACAACCCACAACCCACCAUGCAUGACAUUCAGGAGGCUUUUCAAGGAAACUUAUGCCGCUGUACUGGUUACAGACCUAUUCUAGAAGGCUACAGGACAUUCACAAAGGAUGGGGGAUGUUGUGGUGGGAAAAGUCAGACUAAUGGCUGCUGUAUGACUAAUGGAAACACACAAGAGCAUGAAAAUUCAGCACAUCCAGUUCAGCACUUGUAUGACCAAUCAGAGUUUAUGCCACUGGACCCGACACAAGAGAUUAUUUUUCCACCUGAGCUUGUGAGUCUGAGUAAACAGACCCAAAGAGAGAUGAGGUUCGUUGGGGAGCGAGUGCUUUGGAUUCAACCCUGCUCCCUCAAGGAGCUUCUGGAGCUGAAGGCCACAUAUCCAAAUGCCAAACUAGUCGUUGGGAACACAGAAGUUGGCAUUGAGAUGAAAUUCAAAAACCUUCUUUAUCCUGUGAUUCUGGCACCAGCUUACAUUCCAGAACUGAAUAUCAUCCAACACACUCAGGAUGGUAUUGAGGUUGGCGCAUCAGUGACGUUGACUGUGCUGGGGGAUGUCCUGCAGUCAGCUGUGAAGAAGUUGCCCGCUUAUCAAACUGAGGUUUUUAAGGCUGUUCUAGAGCAGCUGCGCUGGUUUGCAGGACAGCAGAUCCGAAAUGUUGCAGCUGUUGGUGGAAAUAUUAUGACGGCAAGUCCCAUUUCAGACCUCAACCCUGUGUUUAUGGCAGCUGGCUGCAAGCUAACAGUGAUGUCCAAAGGGGAGAAACGAGUUCUUGAAAUGGAUGACAAGUUCUUCACUGGUUAUCGUAAGACUGCUUUGAAGCCAGAGGAGAUUCUUUUGUCCAUUGAGAUUCCAUACACAAAAAAGGGCCAGUACUUCUCAGCCUUCAAGCAAUCCCCUCGCAAAGAGGAUGAUAUCUCUAUUGUCACGUGUGGGAUGAAUGUAUAUUUCAAGGAGCAAUCCAAUACAGUACAGAGUAUCCGAAUAAGCUAUGGAGGAAUGGCCCCUGUCACUGUUCUUGCUACGGCCACAUGCAACAAGUUGCUUAACAGGCAAUGGAAUGAAGAUCUUCUUGAGGAAGCCUGCAGCUCAUUGGCUGAGGAGAUGAGUCUAUCUCCCUCAGCUCCGGGUGGGAUGGUGACAUACAGGCGCACAUUGACUAUCAGCCUCUUCUACAAAUUCUUCCUCACUGUCCAGCACAAACUGGCUGUGAGCCUGCAGAUGGAGGGUGUUACCGUUGAAGACAUCCAACCUGAGUUUUCCACUGCUACUGAACUCUUCCAAGUGGACACACCAUCCAGUGUACAGCUUUAUCAGGAAGUUCCUCCAGGUCAAAAUGAGGAUGAUGUUGUGGGGCACCCUAUCAUACACCUCUCUGCUCUUAAACAGGCCACAGGAGAAGCGGUAUACUGUGACGACAUGCCUUGCUAUGAAAAUGAGCUUCAUUUGGCUUUAGUCACCAGCACUAAAGCUCAUGCCCUCAUAAAAUCCAUUGACACCUCCAGUGCGAUGUCAGUUCCUGGAGUGGUUGCAUUUAUUUCUGCCAAAGACAUCCCUGGAAGUAAUAUGACUGGACCUGUUGUCUAUGAUGAGACAGUUUUUGCAGAUGAUAAGGUCACAUGCGUUGGACAUAUAGUGGGGGCCAUUGUGGCAGACACUCAGGCUCAUGCGCAGAGAGCAGCCAAAGUGGUGAAGAUCAGCUAUGAGGAACUGAAGCCUGUCAUUGUGACCAUUCAGGAUGCUAUUAACAACAAGUCAUUCUUCGAGCCAGUUAGAACUAUAGAAAAAGGAGAUGUUGCACAAGGAUUUAAAGACUCUGAUCACAUCCUGCACGGUGAGAUGCACAUUGGAGGGCAGGAACAGUUUUAUCUGGAGACUAACUGCACGCUGGCUGUCCCUCGUGGAGAGGAUGGAGAAAUGGAGCUGUUUGUGUCCACACAGUCGGCCUCCAAGACACAAGCUCUGGUGGCUAAAGCUUUAGGUGUUCCUGCUAAUCGGGUGGUGUGUCGUGUGAAGAGAAUGGGUGGAGGAUUUGGAGGGAAAGAGAGUCGGAGCACCAUUCUAUCCACUGUGGUUGCUGUUGCCGCACAAAAGGUUAAGUGCCCGGUUCGCUGCAUGUUAGAUCGUGAUGAGGACAUGCUGGUCACAGGUGGCCGCCAUCCUUUCUUUGGACAGUACAAGGUGGGUUUUAUGAAGAAUGGAAGAGUGAUGGCACUUGAGGUGACGCUCUACAGCAAUGCAGGCAAUUCACUGGACCUGUCAUUGUCAAUCCUGGAGAGGGCGCUGUUCCACAUGGAUAACUCCUACAACAUUCCUAACAUUUGUGGCACAGGCUACAUGUGUAAAACCAACCUGCCGUCUAAUUCUGCAUUCAGAGGCUUUGGUGGGCCGCAGGGCAUGAUGAUCGCAGAGAGCUGGAUGAGUGAUGUGGCCUUGAGCUGCGGUCUGCCUGCCGAAGAGGUGAGGAGGAUGAACAUGUAUAAUGAGGGAGAUCUCACACACUUUAAUCAACGUCUGGACCAGUUCACCAUCGCUCGCUGCUGGGAGGAGUGCAUGCAGCUCUCAGACUUCAACAAGCGCAAGGAUGCUGUGGAGAAAUACAACAGGCAGCACCGCUGGACCAAGAGAGGGCUGUCCAUCAUUCCCACCAAAUUUGGCAUCAGCUUUACUGCUGUUUUCCUCAACCAGGCAGGGGCAUUGGUACAUGUGUACUCAGAUGGGUCUGUACUGCUAACUCAUGGUGGAACAGAAAUGGGGCAAGGUCUGCACACAAAAAUGGUCCAGGUGGCUAGUAAAACACUUGAAAUCCCCUGCACAAAGAUUCACAUUACAGAGACCAGCACUAGCACAGUUCCCAACACCAGCCCUACGGCCGCAUCCGCCUCCUCUGACCUCAACGGGAUGGCCGUCUAUAAUGCUUGCCAGACUAUACUACAGAGACUUCAGCCUUUUAAAGAAAAGAACCCCAAAGGCUGCUGGGAAGACUGGGUCACAGCAGCCUACUUUGACAGAGUAAAUCUGUCUGCCAAUGGAUUCUACAAGACUCCAGAUCUUGGUUAUGAUUUUGACACCAACUCAGGAAGGCCUUUUAACUACUUCAGUUAUGGUGUGGCCGUCUCAGAAGUGGAGAUAGACUGUCUAACUGGCAGUCAUAAGAAUCUUCAUACGUCCAUAGUGAUGGAUGUGGGCAAGAGUUUAAAUCCAGCACUGGACAUUGGACAGGUAGAAGGUGGGUUCAUGCAAGGCUUAGGUCUGUUCACGCUAGAGGAACUUCGCUACUCUCCUGACGGUUACCUAUAUACUCGUGGACCUGGCAUGUAUAAGAUUCCUGCUUUUGGGGAUAUUCCCAGUGAAUUAAAGGUUUCGCUGCUCAGAGAUGCUCCAAAUGACAAAGCCAUCUUUUCUUCAAAGGCUGUGGGUGAACCUCCUCUCUUUCUGGCGGCCUCAGUGUUUUAUGCCAUUAAAGAUGCCAUCACAGCUGCCAGGGCUGAGUCUGGACUGACCGGACCCUUCAGAUUGGACAGCCCUGCCACUCCUGAACGCAUACGAAAUGCCUGUGAAGAUAAGUUUACCAAAUUGUGUCCUCCUGCGGAUCCUGGCACCUUUAUUCCAUGGGCAGUGCAGGUCUGAGACUCAGCAAACUCAGUUUAAAGUCAACAUGAAAUCAGUCACUACGUACUUUACUAUUGCACAUUCCUGGUCAUGUGCAAUGAUUCAUUGCUGCUUAUUGUUCCAAGGAAAAAAAAAUGUUUGUCUAAUUAAUCUCCUAAUCAAAAUGUUCCAGCUUACUGUUCGCCUGAAACAACUUUGUUUUCCUGCUGACACAGGCUGUUAGAUAGAUAUCAAAAAACAAAUAAGAUCCAGAAGUUUGCGUUCAUAUCAUUAAAAAUAACCUGUUUCUAAAUGGUCUGUCUCUCAAAGUGACGAGGACGUAUCCCCCUACUGGUUGCUACCCCCACUGCAAAUGACUGUUUAGCAUGGAAAAUUUGGUCUAGUUUCCAAGUGAAUAAAUUCAAGUCUUUUCUUUUCAAGCAUCCCGUUUUAUUGAGAAAUAUGAUAUAUUACACAAGUAAAAUUGUUUGCAAAAGGAUAUUCAUGUUGACUUUAAAAGUAUUAAUAUUGUAUUCAACAUGAGCAUGAUAAAUACAUUGUAAUUGCGAAAGAGAGACUGAGGAUUUUGUACUGAGCAUUUUACUGUGAAAACAUAAGCUUUUGUGCUUUUAUGACCUCUCAAUGAAGCUUUAAUAAUAUGAAUGUGUAAUGAAGUAUAAAAAAGUGCACUUAGUAAUUGUUUCAUCACCUAUGAUUAUUUUGGUAACUAAAGCUUUCUGAUGUUUCUCACACAUUUUUGUUCAUAACUAUCUAUUCGGAGUUUAUACUUUACUAUUAAGUUUUUUUCUUAAUUCUGAGUUCAUAUAUUGCAAUUAUUACUUCUUUUUAAUUGCAUCUUUAUUUCUCACAAUUAUUCGUUUAAAGGAUCUCUCAAAAUUUUGUCUAUAUUUCUCACAAAUCUGAGUUCAUCUUAUAAUUCAGAUGAGUAUUCUCAGAAUAACAAUUCCCUCUCAAUUCAGCGAAGAUGCAAACUUUCAAAGGAUUUAAAGUUACAACCACCUUUUUUCUCGUGACAAUUAAUUAUUUACUCAAUUAUUUUCUUUUUACUUUGAAGUAUUGAAUAUUGAUUAUAUGAUACUGACAAGUAAAUAAAUUAUGUUUUUUUCCAAUAUACAUAGUAAAUUAUAUUUAUGAUUCACACUAGUCUACAGUGAUUGUCAAAUAAUUGUAAUUUGUUCAACAUGAUUCAGAAAAUUGCAUUGUGUAUUCAUAUGUGCUGUAAGCAACAUGUUGAAUCUUGUAACAAAUGACAAUUAUUGCUUUGAAAUGUAUCAAGAGUUGUUACUGGUAAAGGAUUUUAUAGCAUAUACAUAUUGAAUGAGUCACUUCAAAACACCUCAUUGUAUAAAAUAAAACAUUUGUUCUUACAUUUACACAAGACUGAUACCUUAUUUCUAAGUUUACAAUAAAAGUGUUUGUUUGGCAUCGAAAA